AUGUUGUUCAAUAGACUUCUCCUGUGUUUUUCAGUCACAGGUAUUGUUUUCGCGCUGCCCGACAGCUCUGGAUUAUUUUACGCGCUGAGAUCUGAACUGUCAGAAGAUGCAAUCUUGGUGGCCAACAACGGAAUACGCGUGCCUUUCGGGAGAUCUGUCUUCAUCGAUCCCAUCAAUGAUUUGGUGAUUCAGACGCAGCCGGGGGACCGGUGCAGCAUCACAGUCCUGGAUAAUGAUCCGCUCUCGCAGAGACCGGGGCAUCUCUCUCCCAAAAAGUUUCCGUGUGAUUUCGGUCCCAAUGAUGUGACAUACUUCCACUACGGGUCGAGAAGUCCGGCUAAAGACAGAGUGAGGCUGCAGCUCAGGUAUGAUGCGCAAACCGAAACCGUUAUUAUCCCGUUUAUGAUGGAGGUUGAAGUAGUUUUUACGCAGCUAGAAUUACUCACCAAAAACAUGCCUCUCACUGUUGAUAAUCUCAAAGCGAUCAGUAACCCCAUUGAUAAGAAGAUUUUAGAGUUCACUUAUGACAGAGACUCUCAUAAAUGUGAGGUUACAUCCCUGUCAAGCAACAGCGCACUGCCAAGAUAUGGAAGACUCAGUGAUGGGGGAAAACUUUCCAAAAUGAUGGACUGUGAUGAAUUCACACAAGCUGACAUCCGCUAUGAGCACACGUUUGACCGCAAGUCUCCCAGCAGGGACUAUGUUCCCAUGGUUGUGGAGCUGCAUGAUAAGGAAGGCAACCUAGUGAAACAGGAGUAUUUCCAUCUAAUGAUUCGCAUCAAAGAGGGAGAAGAAAACACUCCCCCCAAACCCAGCUUUGUGUCAAUGAUGAUGAUGGAGAUCAGCCAGUUUGUCAUGACCGCCCUCACCCCUGAUAUGCUCGCUGCUGAAGAUGCAGAGUCAGAACCAGAUGAGCUUAUUUUCAACAUCACCUCUCCUUUAUCUUAUGAGGAGGGCUACAUAGUCAGCACCGAUGACAGAAACCUUCCCAUCACGUCUUUCUACCAGAGAGACUUGUAUGAUCUGAAAAUAGCUUACAAGCCCCCCUCCCUUGAUUCAGACACUGAGAGGAUUUUCCAGCUUGAGUUUGAAGUGGUAGACACAGACGGGGCCGUCUCAGACCCCUUCGCUUUUAUGAUAGUUGUGAAGCCGAUGAACUCUUUGGCCCCUGUCGUAACGCGUAACACAGGUCAGCUGCUGUACGAGGGGCAGUCUAGGCCUCUCUUCAGUGCCCACAACUUGGAAAUCAGCGAUGAAGACAACCUGGACACUGUCACCAUCACAGUGGUAGAUGGGCUGCGCCACGGGGACCUCAUGGUGCUGGGCUCUCACAGGAAACUCUUUACACCUGCUGACCUUACAACAGGGUUUGUUGUGUACCAGCACGAUGGGAGCGACACAUACAGCGACAACAUUGUCUUCAAGAUGUCGGAUGGAAAAAACGAAGUAGAAUUCCUUUUUCCCAUCACAAUCGUUCCCACUGAUGACGAGCCACCGAUUAUAAAUGCCAACACCGGCCUGGUGCUGUUCAAAAACCAGAUGAUGCCUAUUUCUCCUCUCAUGCUCAGCGCUGCUGAUAUUGACUCUGAGGACUCAACUAUUAAAUUCACCAUUGUCCCUCCGUUUUCCACUAUUGGCACAGUGCUCUUAAGGCAGUCAGAUGCUCCAGAGGACCCCUCCUCUUGGAAGUUCAACUCUGAGGAUGAAUUGUAUGAGAAGGAAGUGACAGAGUGGCUUCAGAAAGAUAUCACUGAUGGGAAGUUGUGUUACAAGCAUACAGGCCCUCAUAACACAGAUACCAUCAUGGAUCAGUUUGUGUUUACAGUCCAGGAUGACAAUGACCCCCCUAAUGAGUCAGGAGAGAGUGUAUUUAUUAUUCGUGUUUUACCCAUAGAUGACGUACCCCCGGAGCUUUUCCCUGGCACCACACUGCAGAUGACUGUUCAGGAGUACAAGCUCACUCAUUUUAGCAAAGAAGUUCUACGCUACACUGAUUUGGACUCUGAGGAUCGAGACCUCAAAUAUACAGUUAUCCAGCCCCCGAUAGAUACAGAUGAAAAUAACCCAGUUGUGUUUGGUUCUUUGGUUCUGACAGACAGCCCCGACACUGAAGUCACUGAGUUCACACAAGCUCAAAUUAACCACCAUAAGAUCUCCUAUGGCCCCCCGGAUGUUGAGCUUGGAAUAACAGCCCACGUCGUGCAGUUUCGUUACACUGUUGAAGACACGGCUGGGAACAACGUAGAAGGAGCUUUCACUAUCUACCUCCAGCCUGUCAACAACAAACCCCCUGAGAUUACAAACACAGGCUUUACUGUGUUUGAACGUGGUAUGCACAUCAUCAGUAUUGCGGAGCUAGACACAACAGACCUUGACACGGAUAGCAAACAGAUUACCUUUACUCUAAGCCAGCCCCCUAAACAUGGCCAGGUACAUUUUGCAUUCACUGCUCUAGAGAAAAAAGGGGUUUUCAGACUUCAGGAUAUCUCAGAGGGGAAGAUAUCAUAUAUACAUGGUGGGGAGGAGACAAUGAGCGAUGAAUUUCAGCUGGAUGUCAGUGAUGGGUUUCAUGUUGUAACCGUGACGGUCAAAGUUAAUGUAAAGCCUGUUGAUGAUGAAACGCCAACACUCAGCCUGCCUCUGGGAACAAUCGGCUCUCAUAUGGAUGUGCUGGAAAACGGAGCCACAGAAAUCACAACUAAUGUCAUUCAAGGCCAUGAUGAUGACACAGAUGACCUCCAGCUGACUUUUAUUGUGGAAGAUCCUCCAGUUAUGGGUGAAAUAUUGGUUAAAGGAGUGCCUGCCACUCAGUUUACACAGGCUGAUAUUAUUAAUGGCGUAGUUGUGUAUGCACACACCGGUGGUGAGAUAGGUCUCUCCUCUCAGCAGGAUGGCUUCAAUUUGACUCUCACAGACAUGUCCGAUGAUUGGACAGUGGGUGGCAAUAAGGUCAACGGAGUCCACGUUCGAGUCACUAUCCUUCCUGUUGACAGCCAGGCCCCUGAAGUCGGAGUUGGGAUUCAAUUCAGUGUCAUUGAAGGGGAGAAAUACGCCAUCGGGUCUCAGCACUUGAACGCUGAUGAUAAUGACACUCCAACGGAUGAUAUCCUUUGCACCAUCAUUGUUCAGCCCACUGCUGGCUAUGUGGAAAAUAUAUCACCUGCGCCAGGCUCAGAAAAGUCCAGGUCAGGAACAGCUAUCAGUGCUUUUACCAUCAGAGACAUCAGGGAGGGGAAUGUCUACUAUGUGCAGAGCAUUCACAAAGGGGUAGAGCCAGUGGAAGACAGGUUCACAUUUAGAUGCUCUGAUGGGAUCAAUUUCUCAGAGAACCAUUUCUUCCCAAUUGUCAUCAUCCCAGCAAAUGAUGAAAUGCCAGAGAUUUAUUUGAGAGAGAUAGUCGUGAUGGAGGGGAUGAACAUCGUCAUCGACACUCCGAUUCUGAACGGGGCCGAUGUCGAUAUUCCACCUGAGGAGCUGAUGUUCAUCAUUUCCAAACCUCCCAAACACGGUGCCAUUUUAAACCAGCUAUCAACAGGCUCAAUUUUGGUGACUAAUUUCACUUUAGAGCAGAUUCAGGAGGCAUCAAGUAUUAUUUAUGAGCAUGAUGACUCAGAGACAACAGAGGACAGCUUUGAUGUCACUCUGACUGAUGGAAAGUAUUCCGUGCAGAAAACAGCCAUGGUUGUGAUCAUUGCUGUGGAUGACGAGACCCCCAGAAUGCUCAUCAACGACGGCCUGGAGGUGGAAAUUGGGGAGACCAAAGAGAUUAACAACCAAGUGCUCAAAGCAACAGAUUUAGAUUCAGAUGACAGUACGCUCACAUAUAUUAUCCGGUUCGGGCCUGGUCAGGGUCUCCUGCAGAGGAAAAUCCCAUCUGGUUCUCUGGAGAACAUCACGCUCGGCAUGAAUUUCACACAAGCUGAAAUCGACGCAGGGCUUAUACUUUACAAACACAGCGGACAGGAGGGCAUCCGAGACUUGAUUAAAUUUGAUGUCACAGAUGGAAUGAACCCACUAAUUGAUCGUUACUUCUACAUCACUGUGGGCAGUAUUGACAUGGUGUUCCCUGAUGUGGUCAGUAAAGGCGUGUCUCUGAGAGAAGGUGGCCGAGUGACUUUGACCACAGAUCUUCUCAGCACCACUGACCUCAACAGCCCUGAUGAGAAUUUAGUCUUCACCAUUACAAGGGCCCCCGUCAGAGGCCACCUGGAGUGUACAGAUACUCCCGGGAUGCCCAUUGUGUCUUUUACUCAGCUCCAGCUGGCGGGCAGUAAGAUUUACUACAUCCACACCUCCGACGAUGAGGUGAAAAUGGACAGUUUUGAGUUUGAAGUCACUGACGGCUAUAAUCCUAUAUUCAGAACAUUCAGAGUCUCUAUUGUGGAUGUUGAUAAUAAGAAACCUGUUGUUACUGUAAAUAGUUUAGUUGUCACAGAAGGGCAGAUUAAGCUGAUUACACCAUUUGAGCUCACCGCUGAGGACCAGGACACGGCUGAAAAGCUGCUAAAAUUCACUGUCACCCAGCUGCCUGUUCAUGGUAAACUCCUCUACAACCAGUCCGCGCCCGUCACCAGCUUCACCAAACAAGACCUCAAUGAAAACCUCAUCAGUUACAAACAUGACGGAACUGAAUCAUUAGAGGACUCCUUCUCCUUUACAGUCACCGAUGGCACACACACUGACUUUUACGUCUUCCCCGACACUGUGUUUGAGACUCGGCGCCCUCAAACCAUGAAGAUCACCAUUGUGGCGAUCGACAACGGCGUCCCCCAGAUCGUGGUGAAUAAAGGUGCCCCUACUUUGAAAAUCUUGGCCACAGGUCACCUGGGGUUCCCUAUCAGCUCCAAAGUGCUGAGAGCAGAGGACAGAGACAGCACCCCAGCGUCCCUGGUGUUCCACGUCACCACACAGCCCAAACACGGCUACAUCGUUAACCUGGGAGAAGGAAACAAGUCCAUCAGCACAUUUAGUCAAGCUGAUAUCGAUGACCUCAACAUCUGCUAUGUGUUACGGAAUGACGAAAAUGCUACAAGUGAUCUCUUCCAUUUCUCCGUGAAGGAUUAUGGUGGGAACAAGCUCAAGGGACAGCAGUUCCGUCUGGACUGGGCCUGGAUCUCUCUGGAGAAAGAGUACUAUGUGGUGGAUGAAGAGGACAAGUUCCUGGAGGUGGUGCUCAGACGGAGAGGAUACCUGGGAGAGACAUCUUUCAUUGGCAUUGGCACACAAGAUGGUAGUGCAAAGAAGGACGAGGAUUUCAAGGACAAGUCCCAGAGGCAGGUCCAGUUCAACCCGGGACAGACCAGAGCCACGUGGCGGGUUCGGAUACUGACUGAUGGGAAGUACGAGCAGGCGGAGACCUUCCAGAUUUUGCUCUCAGAGCCGGUAAUGGGGGUGAUGGAGUUCCCUGCCGCAGCAACAGUUGAGAUCCUGGAUCCAAGUGACGAGUCGACUGUGUUCUUUCCUGAACAGAUCCACUCAGUGGAGGAAGAUGUUGGAGAGCUUUUCAUCCCGGUACACCGCAGUGGAGACAUCAGCCAGGAGCUCAUGGUGGUCUGCUACACACAGCAGGGUUCUGCUUCAGGGACCAUUCCCACCACCGUCCUGUCUUACUCGGACUACAUCUCCCGUCCGGAGGAGCACGGCAGCGUCCUUCGCUUCGAUAAGGGCGAGAGGGAGAAGCGGUGUCUCGUGGUGAUUAUCGACGACUCUCUGUACGAGGGAGAAGAGAGCUUCAAUGUCACUCUUUCACUGCCUGUCGGGGGGCGUCUGGGAAUCCACUACCCCACUACCAAAGUCAACAUCUUGGAAGAUAUGGAUGAUGCUCCUGUGUUUUACUUUGGAGAGGUAGAGUAUCAUGUGGAUGAGAGUGAUGGAUACGUGGAGGUCAAAGUGUGGAGGACAGGAACCGACCUGUCCAAGUCCGGCACUGUCACUGUCCGCUCUCGCAAGGCUGAACCCGUCUCUGCAGAAGCCGGUAUUGACUAUGUGGGCAUCAGUCGUAACCUGGACUUUGCCCCGGGUAUCAGCAUGCAGACGUUCCGGGUCACCAUUCUGGAUGACCUGGGACAGCCAGAGCUGGAGGGGACUGAGAGCUUUGAGCUUGUCCUACGUAUGCCAAUGAACGGCAUCCUGGGUGAACCUGGGAAGGCUUCAGUCUUCAUCAAUGACUCUGUGUCUGACUUGCCAAAGGUCCAGUUCCGCGAGCCGGUGUACACCGGAGAGGAGAGUGACGGUCAGAUCACAGCAACUGUGUACCGCAGUGGCGACAUCAGACACAAAUCCACUGUUCGCUGUUACACCCGUCAGGGAUCUGCACAGGUCGCCUCCGACUUUGAUGAGCGACCAAACACAGAAACAUCUAUCAUCUCUUUCUUACCAGGUGAGGUGGCGAAGCCAUGCAUUCUGUCACUGGUUGAUGACACGCUGUACGAGGAAGGAGAAGAGCUGCGGUUGGUCUUAGGGAACCCGAAGAGUGACUCACAGUUUGGCGCAUCAGUGGGAGCUCUGAAUGAGACCCUGGUGAAAAUCAAGGACACAGCUGACAAACCCAUCAUUCGUUUUUUGGAGACCAAGUACAGCGUCAGUGAACCGAAGGAAGCCGGUGCUGUGGCAACUGUGAGGAUCCCUGUGGUACGAGUGGGUGACACAUCGAAAGUGUCGGUGGUCCGCGUUCACACCAAAGACGGGUCAGCUAUCUCAGGAGAGGACUACUACCCUGUGUCUCAAGACAUUAAGUUCAAACAGGGGGAUAAGGAACACGUGGUGGAGCUGGAGGUGCUAUUUGAUGGUGUCCGAGAGAUGAGGGAAGCCUUUACUCUUCACCUGAAGCCUGAUGAAAACAUGGUGGCUGAAACUCAGGUAACUAAAGUGAUAGUUUACAUCGAGGAGACCAACAGCAUGGCUGAUGUCACCUUCCCCUCUUUGCCUCAUGUGGUGUCACUGCUCCAUUACGAUGAUGUCACCAGGACAACAGACAGCCUCCAUCCACCAGCCGGCUACCCCGUCAUCUGUGUCACGGCUUGCAACACAAAAUACCCAGACUAUGACAAGACAGGCUCUAUCUGUGUCAGCGAGCACAUCAACAACACCUUGACCCACUACCGCUGGCUCAUCAGCGCCCCAGCUGGCCCUGAUGGCGUCACCAGUCCCAUGAGGGAAGUGGACUUUGACACCUUCUUUACGUCCUCCAAGAUGAUCACACUGGACUCAGUCUACUUCCAGGCAGGCUCCAGGGUCCAGUGUGCUGCUAGAGCUGUUCAUUCUAAUGGGAAUGAGGGAUUAGAGCUCAGCAGCCCUAUCAUCACUAUCAGCCAGGAGGAAGGUAUGUGUCAACCACGUAAGAUGGGGACCGUUGGCGCUGAGCCUUUCUCUGCCAAGCUACGCUACACUGGAGCAGAUGACCAGAAACACCCCAACCUUAUCAAAGUGACUGUCACCAUGCCUCACAUAGAUGGUAUGCUUCCAGUAAUCUCCACUCGCGCCCUCACGAACUUUGAACUGACUCUCAGUCCAGAUGGAACUCGGGUCGGAAACCACCGCUGCUCCAACUUGCUUGACUACAACGAGGUCACCACAGGUCACAGCUUCAUCACUGCCUUGACGCGCAGCCCCGAAAGCAUGGGAGACACAGCGCCCUAUCAGUUCAGCAACUCUCUGCGGGGAAACAGCACAUUGCGCUUCUACAGGAACCUCAACCUGGAAGCCUGUCUCUGGGAGUUUACCAGCUACUUCCACAUGUCUGAACUUCUCACAGACUGUGGAGGCACCAUAGGGACUGAUGGACAGGUGCUGAAUCUGGUCCAGUCCUACGUGACCCUGCGUGUGCCUCUUUACGUGUCGUAUGUGUUCCACUCUCCUGUUGGAACUGGCGGCUGGCAGCACUUUGACCUGCAGUCAGAGCUGCGUCUCACUUUCGUGUAUGACACGGCCAUUCUCUGGAAGGAUGGCAUCGGCAGUCCCCCGCAGGCCGAGUUACAAGGUGCGUUGUAUCCAACGAGCAUGCGCAUCAAUGAACAGGGACGUUUGGUGGUAAAUUUCCGCACCAAGGCUCGUUUCAGGGGUCUGUUUGUGGAGUCUCAUUCUGGAGGUAGAAUAAAAUCAGCUGAAACCCCCAUGUCCUCCAUGGUGAUGAGUGUGGACCACCCCGGCCUGACCUUUAACCUCACAUUAGUGAGGAGUGAGCCCACUUACAACCAGCCAGUCCAGCAGUGGACCUUCUCCUCUGACUUUGCUGUGAGAGACUACUCUGGGACCUACACAGUGAAGCUGAUCCCCUGUACAACAGCCCAGAAUAUGGAAUACACGCUUCCACCUGUCUGCAGUCCCAGAGAACCCGUCACCUUCGAUCUAGACAUCAGAUUCCAGCAAGUGAGUGACCCAGUUGCAGUGGAAUUCAGUCUGAACACUCAGAUGUUCUUGCUAUCCAAGAGGAGCUUGUGGCUCUCUGAUGGCUCCAUGGGCUUUGGUCAGGAGACUGACAUAGCCUUUUCUGAGGGUGAUACCAUCUACGGCCGUGUGAUGGUGGACCCUGUGCAGAACCUCGGGGACUCUUUCUUCUGUAGCAUAGAGAAGGUGUUCCUCUGCACUGGUGCUGAUGGAUAUGUUCCAAAGUACAACCCGACCAAGUUUGAAUUUGGCUGCCUGGCUGACUCCCCGUCAUUGCUCUAUAGAUUCAAGAUUAUUGACAAGGCUCAGCCAGAGACUCAAUCACGUGUGUUUGGUGAUGUCAGUUUUAAUGCUGUGCUGGCAGUGGAUGAUCCAUCAGCCAUGUCCCUCGUCAGACAGCCCGGGUCUGAUGGCUUUAGGUUGGACUCUACAGCCAUGUUCCAGGUUGCUGCAGGCCGUGAGUGGUAUAUUCACACCAUUUACACAGUCCGCUCCAAAGAGAAUGCCAACAGAGGCAUUGGAAAGCGCAGCCUAGAGUACCACUCUUUGGUUUCCACAAGCAACGAUCUUGCCUUGACCCCAUCGAGCAGCAAAAGUCAUCGCUCCAGGAGGUCGACUGGCGAUGAAGUCCCAGAGCUCGCGGAGGAUAUCGGAGCAGACAACAACCGUGGUACCAAUAUCAUGCACAUCGCUUUGGACCGCACCAAGCGGCGGGCAGGCGGGUCAAAUGAGCUUUUUACCGAUGGGCUGGAAACUAGUGGGCUGAACGCAAAGGAGGAAGAGGAUGGUCUGGUGACUGUGGUGGGGGCACUGGUGGGGCUGCUGCUGACUGUCCUCAUUAUUGUCACCAUCAUACUAGUGCUGAGAUCCAGACAGAAGGAUGGGAAGAAGGGAUGGAUAGAGGGGGUGCAGGAGGUGGUGAAAGGGUCUGUCAGUACGGAACCCAUGUUAGUGGUGAGGAUGCAAGACUGCCACAACAGCUCAGAGGUCUGAGCAAUGGAUGCUUGUAUGUACAGAUGGACAAAGGGAUGUAGAGUAUGUGAGGGCUUUUAUAAAAUUUUUGAUUUCCUUUUUUUUUUAAACUGGUAUUAAAUUACUUUAAUAACACCAAAAAUCUGAGAUUGAUCAUAUGCAUUAGUGUGUGUGUGUGUGUGUGUGUGUGUGUGUGUG